AUGGAGACUUCCCUCAUCGUAGCCCUGGCAAAGCAGAUUGCUGCUGACACCGAGGUCCUCGAUGGCUACCUUAGCACGUCUCUCGUUCCGCUUGACGGCACCAUCACCAUGGAGGAACUUGGGGCUAAGACCUCGCUUGAUAUGGUCAACCUUGCCCGAAUCCUGCGCCAUGCCAUGACCAACAAUGUGUUCCAGGAGCCUAGCCCGGGCGUGAUCGCUCACACGGCAACAUCCAGACUACUCGCCGAGGACGAGAAUCUGCGGGCCUGGCUGGGCUUCCAUCUCGAGGAAAUCUUCCCCGCCAGUGCACACGUGCUUGAAGCUCUCAUCAAACAUCCCGAGGCAACAUCUUUAACCCGAACGGGGUUCAAAUUUGCCCACGGAACGGUAGACAAGGAGCCCAUGAUGGCUCAAGCUAUGGCGAGCCUGUCAAAUGGCGAGGGUUACGAGGUUUCCCACUUCGUAGCCAACUACGACUUGAGUGACAUUGACGCCAAACAGGGCACUCUUGUCGACGUUGGCGGCAGCCACGGGUUUGCCUGCGUUGAAAUUGGAAAGAAGUGGAAGAACAUCAAGUUUGUCGUCCAGGACCUCCAGCGAACCAUAGACACCGCACCGAAACCUCUCCACGCAGAAGAGCAGGUCGCGGAAAGGAUCGAGCUCGUGGCCCACGACUUUUUCACAGAGCAGGUCGCUAAAGACGCGGAUGUAUUUUACUUCCGCUGGAUCUUCCACAACUACUCUGAUCCGUAUGCGAUCAAGAUCCUCCGGUCCCUGAUACCGGCCCUGAAGCCGGGCGCCAAGAUUGUCAUCAACGACCACUGCCUCCGCCAACCCGGCUCCGAGAACCCGUGGGAUGAAAAGAUUAUGCGCAGCAUGGACCUCGUCAUGCUCUGCCUGCUAAACGCCCACGAGCGAACUGAGCCGCAGUUCGAGGCCUUGUUCCGGGCUGCCGACCCGAGGUUCAAGUUCAAGGGCGUUACUAGAGCUGCCGGUUGCCGUAUGAGCAUCAUCGAAGCCGUGUGGGAACCCGAAAGCGCGAUCUAG